AUGUACAGGAUUCCAUUCAAAGUACCCGGCAGUCGCGCACACCGUGAACUAUUUCAUUUCUACUGUUGCGAAGCAGCCGACUCUUUAUCUCGAUUCUCAGAUACUACGCUAUGGACGCACCUCAUCCUGCAGAGAAGCCAAGACCAGUCCGUAAUCCGCAAUUCUGUUGUUGCGCUCACCUCUCUUUAUCGCGACUAUAUGUUUGUUGGAUCACCGCAGCUUGAAGUGUCUGUCAAACACAUCCAGCUUAUUACCAAAGCGCAUUCUCAGCUUCGUGCACAUCUUGCCCGGGAUCCUUCAGCUGAAGUUGCGCUUAUCUGCAGCCUCAUAUUCUAUACCUUCGAGUGUCUGAUCGGCAAUGUCCAGCAAGCAUUAUGGCAUCUGGAUCAAGGUCUGAUUCUCCUGCGAAGGUUUCAGACGGAUUAUGCGUAUAUUGUGGAUAGCCAGGAGACAUAUGCGCAGUUGAUGGUGAUCUACUCUCAGCUUGAUAUUCAUGCAAGUAUUUUUUCACCCGAGAGAACGCCUAUUCUCAGGCUUGCGUUGCCGGCACAAGGGUCGGGGGUGAUGCUUACGGUUCCAGAGCGAAUUUCUGGUCUAUCCCAUCUCGAGAACUCGCUUACCGCGCUCCAGAAUUGGACGCUAUGGCACCUUAUGGAAUUUGUGGAAUACAAGAAUCUACCUCAGGCUCAAGUACCAUAUAUUGUUCUUCAGGAAAGAUUGCACCUGGAAGCUCAAUUUCAGAUGUUGGAAGAAAUUGUGGAGGAAAUAACCACGAGUGAACAUUUUCAGUCUUUUACUUCCGCUCAACGCCAACGACUCGUACUUCUACGAAGCCAGGCACUUAUCUUCCAUGCAGUUCUCUUGGAAAAUAUCAUCUGCACUCUUCAUGGCGCCGAUAUCCCUCUAGAAGCGACUUGCAGAUUUAAUAUCGCUCUCACCCAAAUAUCAAACCUGAUAUCUCUGUCAUCUGAAUCUGAAUCUGGGUCUGGGUCUGGGUCUACUUUCGAAAAGAAGACUCCUUCCAAUCGAGUCUUCACCCUUUCGACAAAUAUCAUCGCGAUGCUAUACUUUAUCUGCCUAAAAACAAACGACCGCCGUAUUUUGCGCACGGCACUCUCCUUGAUGCAAGGGUCUCUAUUUAGAUCUCGUGAUGGACUUUGGGAUGCACGUACUGCUGUGACUAUUGUUAAAGCAAUGCUAUCCGAAAAUGAUAUACAAAGCGAAGAGCCUCAGAUGGAUUUCAAACUAGAAGAUGUGGGCAUUGGAAUUGUCGAUACAGAUGGUGGAUUGGAGGAAGCAUUCAAAGUGUUAAAACUUGAACAAAGCCAGAUCAAACAAUUAGAUACAAACACAGAACCAUAA